CGCCAGUCGGAAAGAAAAAAAAAGGCUGAUUCCUGUCACAUCCAAAAAAAUGACGGUGGGAGCACCGAAAGCGAGCGCCGGUCUCGUUGUGUACGCUGCUUGAAAGACGGAAGUUUGGCACCCCUGCCACAAAUCCUCCAGGCCUCGUUUGCGUUCACACGUAGCAGCUAGCUUAGUUGCGUCCCGCAAAUUGUUUGGCCCGACCGACCUUUGACACUUUGGUUUCCUCAUGGCGGCAUUUUCACCAAUCGGUCUUGUAUUUUUUUGUAUCUUAUUUUAUCAUUUUAUCGACCGCUAACGUCAUCUCUUCUUCUCUUUGAUAUCCGGCAGACUCGGCCGGUUGACGCGCACGGCCGCCGCCCGGCGGUUUGGUGACGAACACCUAGAAGAGAGCCAAACCCGAAGGAAUCCGUCAAAGUGGCAAACGUUGUCGCCGUUAUUCACGAGUGACGUAAUUUUGCAACGUUCCGCAUUUGAGUCCAGGAAAUGUCGGCCGUGUCACCGGCGUCCGUCAAUUCCUUUCCUUGAUUUGUCGCCGUGCAACUUUGAAAUCUGGCUUCCCGGCUCAAAGUGCGGCUCGCCGCGCUCUGCGUUCGGCGCCAACCGAUGCCGGCUGCCCGCGCAGUUGCCGCAAACUAACCGCAGGCGCACACUCAGCAGUUAUACCGUUAACGCGCGUGGACGUCGAUGUCGUUGAAGACGCCCGCUUAUCAACACACACACACACACACGCACACAAUGAGGUGUUUAGCGCACAAUCAUCGCUAAUUCCCCAAAUCAUAAUCCAGGGAUUAUGUCGAUGGAAGGAAUUUCAUCUUCAUGGCGCGAAACCAAGCGGACGUGUGCGUUUCCGAUGAUUUACUUUUGCGUGUCAGCCCAUUUCAGAAGAGGAAACAUUCGAGCUGCGGAGGAUCCUCGUUUUUGGCAAAAAUGGAAUCCGCUCAACGCUGGUGUGGAAACGGGCACGCGGGCGCUUCGUGGAGGAAGUCGGCCUUCCUGUGUGGCGGGUUGGGGGUGGGGGGUCGAUAUUGGGGAGAUGUUCAUCCAGCAACAGCCCCGACCAAAAUAUCUCAUUUUAUCAUUCAUCCAAGGCCAUUUUGAUCAACAGCGGCAGAGACGCCGAAUUUGAAAGCCGCCGUUUUGCAUUGGCGCUCAUCUGCAAAUUUUUGGCCGGUCGGUCGAUGGGGGGGGGGAGACAAAAAAAUCGAUAUAGACGGACGUGACUUGACGAAUGCAUGGAGACAACGGGCCCCGCUCACAAUCGCACCUUGGGACUACUUCUAUAUAAGCAGUAGUGCAGUCGUGUUUGUAGUACUGUCGUAGUAUUUCACAUGAGGAGUAGAAACAGUAAGAGUGAAAGUAGUACAAGUUGUAAGACUAACACUUGCACAAAUCCUCAUCAGAUUGUUGUUUCUAGUAGUACGUGUGGUAUUAAGUCGGAUUUGUAUCAUGUAUAGUAGCGUUGGAAAAAGAUGGACGGUCGUUGUCACCGGGUGCUUAACAGAAGAAUCACAACCCAAUGUGGAGUUCCACAGGGCUCCUUCCUACAACCUGACAGUUCACGCCAACGUCUUCGAUUCAUUUUUACUGGCAAACCGUCUUUUGCAGGAAAAUACACAAAUAAUACGCGUUUUGUCACCACGUACGACGGCGCCUGGCUCGGAAAACUGGCAAAAAUGUUGAUGGAAGAAGAGGAAGAUCGGGGGGGGGGGGGGACGAUUCAGUUCUCAUUCAGUUCCAAAUAAUUGCGGAUGAGUUGAAUUGUCAGUGGUUGCGCCUCCAACCGGUUUCUUCCCAGUCUUGAAGUCGGAACCGAGCGAGCGAGUCAGACUAAAAUCCAACCGUUGGGGUUGUCGUCGUGCCAUCUGCAUUCACAAAUGUGGCAAAGCCCCCCCCCCCCCCAACCCCUCCUCUCUGGGGGUCCGCGGUGGGAGGGGCUUGCAUUCAAUGUCCCACCCUCCAAGUAUUUAAGCAGACGGCGGAGGAACUCUGGUCCCGGAGACGGCCCACGCGGGACCCCGCGCCCCCCGACCCGCAGCCCGAAUAUGCCCUACAAUUUGCUCGGGAUCUUCUCGGACGUGGACCCGGUCUUGUGCCAGAACUUGGACGGUCUGGAGCCGUCGGAGCCGCGGGCCGUCGGCCUCCGGCGCCCCCGCUCGCCGUGCCCCGUCGCCCGGCCCGGUUGCGAGUCGGACGACGGGUGGGCGCGAUGGGGACCGGCGGGCGGUCUCCCGCCCUCGCCGCCCGGCCGCGUUCCCUUUAGGGUCGGCGUCCUCGCGGAAGACGAGGCGGCGCCCUCGUCCCGGGUCUACAAGACGGAACUGUGCCGCACCUUCGAGGAGAGCGGCGUCUGCAAGUACGGCGCCAAGUGCCAGUUUGCGCACGGGCCGGACGAGCUGCGAGGCCUGAAGCGCCACCCCAAGUACAAGACGGAACCGUGCCGCACCUUCCACAGCGUCGGCUUCUGCCCGUACGGCGGCCGCUGCCACUUUGUGCACAACGGCGAAGAGUCGCUGAGGCCGCCGCCCACCCCGCGCCACGGCCUCGGCUCUGCGGGUUUCGCGUCCGUCGACCGUUCGCGGUCGCUCUUCGCCCGAGACUUCUCGCCCACGCUCUCCUCGCAGUCGGGGCUCCUCCGCCCUCCCGCCGCCACCGAGCCGGUCGGAGAAACGGACUCCUCCGACUCGGUUUUCCGUUCCCUCGGCGUGGGGCCUCCCGUGAAGCCGGCCGCCCUCCUCCGGCGACGCUCGUCGGCGGAAUCGCUCUCCGAGGAGGGCUACGCCUCGUCCUGCUCGCUGAGCUCAGGCUGCUGCGAGUCGGCGGGCCGCGACGGGCGCCGCCUGCCCAUCUUCAGCCGCCUCUCCGUCACCGACGAGUAAACCCGGCCGGAACGCGUCGUCGAGCGCAAUGCAGUCCCUCCCGCCAUUUUGCGCUCAUACUCUUGUGUAUCCUGGACUCCCGCCCCCUGCUGGAGGUUCUGUAGCUCUUCCUGCGACCAGCUUUCCAAAAGAGAGGACAGGACAACUGAGCGCUGCUAACUAGCAUUAGCCCACCCGCUGAUAUUUUCUCCCUUUCCACAAAUGCUAAAGAAGAACUUUGCUGCUUGCCAACUGCUAACAGGUGACGUCAACGUUGAACUUUUCGUUCUUCAUUUCUGCUACGAUUAAAGGGCUUAUUUAUUUCUUUGGGUUGCCUCAAAGUCAAAGCUUUAUCGUUUUGCGGUUUGAUGAUGACCAUUUCCCGGAAUUUGUUUAUCGUUUUGCGGUUUGAUGAUGACCAUUUCCCGGAAUUUGCUUAUCGUUUUGCGGUUUGAUGAUGACCAUUUCCCGGAAUUUGUUUAUCGUUUUGCGGUUUGAUGAUGACCAUUUCCCGGAAUUUGUUUAUCGUUUUGCGGUUUGAUGAUGACCAUUUCCCGGAAUUUGUUUAUCGUUUUGCGGUUUGAUGAUGACCAUUUCCCGGAAUUUGUUUAUCGUUUUGCGGUUUGAUGAUGACCAUUUCCCGGAAUUUGAGCGCAAUUGUUUACACAUUUUUUUACUUCUUUAUUUUAAUAUAAUGUUGCUCAUGGUACUUUCAAAAUAAAUGUUCUUGAGAAAAAAACAUUUGACUCACUUUGGUGUUCUAUUUUGAAAGGUAUUGUGAAUGAAUAGAAACUCAAUGUUUUAUUGAUACCUUACUAAGUCAUUGUCUUAAAAAUGCUAUACUGUAAUACAACCCUUCAACUGUUUUCCCUUUUAAUUUAUUUUGAAUCAUAUGAAGAAUAUCCCAUUAUUUAUUAAACGUAUUUUUAACUUUGUAAAAUUAAUAUCACAAAAUUACAACUAUGGAAACUCAAUUACCGAGCACUGAAAAUUAAAGUUGCUCAUAAAAGCCCUUUAUUUAAAUUUGAAAAAUGAUUGAGAAUGAAUAAAAAUGGUCCAUGCUUAUUGAAUGGCCAAAAGUCGCCUUUCACGUUGUAAAAAGUGAAAUGUUUUUUUAUAUCCCAGACUUUGUUUAAUGUCCCACAUUUGAAAUAAAAGUCUCUCAGAAAGGAAAAACUUUGUAUGAACACAAAAUUG